AUGAAAUCCGAAAAAUAUGAUUCUGAAACAUCUAUCCAAUUGGAAGACUUCGAAAACCCAAAAUUUGAUCAUAGCAAACUUUACAGGGGACGUGGAGAUGGCGAUUCUUUUGGAUACAUUUGUAACUCGAAAUGUUACCGUUUCUUUCGUGAAUCCUUUCUGGUAUCAACACAUCCUCGAAUUCACAGAGCUGGAUUUCGAAGCCGGUAUGGCGUUUACAUGGAACGAUCUCGUCAUUUAGCAUCUUUCCCUUGGAUAAUUCAUCCGUUCAGCACAUUUCGUUGGUCGUGGGAAAUCUUGGUGACAUUUGCUUUGCUAGUAACCCUGAUUCGACAACCAAUUUUGAUUUCAUACAUGAGUGAAACACUCACAGGACAAGGUGAAAAAUUUGUAAAAAUGCAAAUUGUCAGCUUUUAA